AUGACGGCACGCCAAUCAUCACCUACAUCCGACCACUCACAUUCGGACGGUAAUGUCCGAAAGAGGGUCUGUAAGGCAUGCGAUCGGUGUAGACUGAAGAAAUCCAAGUGUGACGGAUCCAACCCAUGUGGUCGGUGCAGGACAGAUAAUGCCAUCUGUGUCUUUGGCGAGAGGAAGAAGGCUCACGACAAAGUGUACCCCAAGGGAUAUGUCGAGAUGCUUGAACAACAACAGACGUGGCUGGUCAAUGGCCUGCAAGAAAUGUACCGUCGCGCCUUGGAGGGCGAAGGCUGGCCGGGAGAGCCCUUGAAAUGCGAGCCCAACGGCCAUCCUCUAACACACGAUCUGCUUACGCGACUUGGCGCCUUGGACCAGACCAAGGGUGAGCGCUUCGAAGAGAACACUGAGGCUAUGCAGCAAGAUCUCUGGAGGCAGAAUUCCGGACACAUGCAACGCCAGGAGUCAUCCGACGGUAGCUCAGAAAGUGCGCAGUCGCCUAUCAUGCCCUCCCGCUUCUCAGACCCGUUUGCUCGUCAGCUCUCGAGUACGCAAUCCAGCUUUAGCACACCAUCCCAAACGCAAGGCCCCACUAUCAAAUCAGAGCCUCAAAUGGCACCGACAAAUCCCGCCUUCGUUGCGCCCAUGACCAUGCAAGGCGUCGUGAAUCCCCUCGCCCUCCAGACCCCGCAACAAUGGCCCAACAAUAACUUUGGCGCUUUCGACGAUAUGGAUCUAAUAGGCGCGUCCGAUUAUACGAAUUUGUCCUUUGACGACCAGGUGCCCUCGCCGAUGUUCAACCGUCAAUUACCGAUGAGCUGCAUGCUUUCCUCUUCGUCGUAUAUGGACACCAAAGGCGACUAUGAAGACAUCAAUCAGUUCUUGAAUGCCAAUGCGCCCGAGAUCGCAUCGACCUGA